CCCGCAGCAACAGAAAGCGUCAAAAUGGCUGAUGGCGACAGAGUUUUAUUAGAUCUUCAAGCUGAAUUACAACGUGUUAAAAGCGUUAAUCGAACAAUAUCUACGUUGGCAAGACAAGGCAAUGAUAAACUUGUUCAAGAUUUCCUAACAGAUGAUUUUAAAAUUCAAAGUUCUGGACCGCUAGCUAAAGUAUCUCAGCUAUAUGUUGCUAGCUUUUGGGGUUUGAAAGACAGUGUGCAACAUCUUUUGGAUGCUGGUACAGACCCAAGCUUUCAGAAUGACCAAACACUUUGGACGCCUCUUCAUGCUGCAACAUUCCAAGAACAUGGACCAAUUAUUAUGUUACUUCUGGACUAUGGUGCACAGCCCGAACUACCAGAUGCAGAAAACAGAACACCUGCUGAUUUUGCUUCCGCUUCAGACACAAUCUGGCCAUUAUUUGCCGCUUUGAACAUUCCUAGAACACCUCGGAGUGAGUUGAUCAACAAAGGGAUUUUGAGACCUGGGACAGGCAUGACAGAUCAAAGAGACAAAGUUCUACUUGAUUUUAAGGCAGCGAUUCCUACGAGUCACAGUGAUGGAAAAACCAACAACUUCAUGGCAGCAAUGUCAGGGGACGUGUUAGCCAAUGAACUAGAAGAUUCACAGCUGCGAGAUCCACGCUAUGGCAUAGAACCACAGUACACUUUGUGGAAAUAAUCAUAUACAGAUGUGUACACAGACUAUAAACCUUCCUAUUUUUUAAAGGCCGGUUCAAAAUAUUUUAUAAUGUAUAUUAUUUCAAAGUUGACAAAACAAAUAAGCAACUUAAAAAAAAAAAAUAAUCAACUUUAAUGGCAUUAUAGGAAUAUUGUUUGUAUAACAGAACAUAGGUCUGAUAAAACUAUGAUAUAGAUCCAAAGAUGUACUUUCUUACAUAUCAAUAAAUCCUGGCUAUUUCUGUCACAAAUGAUCACAACUUGUUACAAAUCUCAGGUGCUGUGAGAUUCAACAGACCAUUCCUUCACAAAUAUAUUUCUACUUCUAUACUUGAAGCAUAUGCUUAUGGUCAUCUAGAACCAGAUUUAAAAUUCAAAUGUUGUACAUAAUAGCAUAAUGAGUUCUGGCUAUGGUAUAUUUAAAUCUACCAGAUACUGAAGGAAAGUGAUAUGUACAAAUCAUUGCAUGUAUUUAUUAUGUCAAGAUAGAAGAUAAAUAUUUAUUCUUUUCACUCAACUGAAAAAGUAAUUAAAAAGGUAUUAAUUUUAUUUUGACUUUAAUUUAUAUAACAUUUAUUAAGCAAGCUAUUGAACUGUAAAUAUAUUUUAACUAAGCUAGAACAAAUAUUUUUAAAAGUAACCUCCCAUUGACUUUGCACACAUUUUGUGUAACACACAACAUGAUUUUAAAAAAGGAUUUAAAUUGUAUGGCGCUUAUUAUUAUUUUUUAUACUUUUCAACAAUGAGAUUCUAGUCAUGCCUUUUUCAAACUAUCGACAGCCUAUUGAUCAAUUUCAAUUUUGUAGCUGAGCACUAAUGAAGGAUACAGUUAUGCACAUUGAGGUAGAGGAUCAUUGAGAAAGCAGAGUGGGGAAUGGUUGAUGCUUGAGAUUUUUUCUUCUACUUGUAGGCCCUAUUCAUUAAAGAGUUUUAUAAAUUAAUGUACAGUAACAUUUUGCGCACCAUAUUGAAAGUCUAAAUCUAAAGGCCAAUCAAAGGAAUAUUAUAAAGUCUAGUAGAUUUUACAUUCUCUUAAUCAGGAUUUUUUCGGGGGGGGGGGGGGGGUAAAUAAAAGAGGCAGUGUAAAAAAUGCUCAAUUUAAAAUUAAAUCUAACACUCAUUGGUUAUUAAGAGCAAAAUAAUUGCUCUUUAUGUUUUACAAAGGAGGUAUUGUCUUUUUAAAAAAAAAGUACUUUAUAUAUUUUUUUCUUAUUGAAUAUUACUUUACUUGUAAAUUACUUUAAUUAUUUACCCCCAAAAAAGGUUGACACCAGUGUUUUAUGUUUUAUAUUUGUAAGAAAUUUAUAUUCAACAUUUGCAUUUGGGGAAGGAAGGAUUAAUCAAAUUUCCUAAUUAUAAGUUUAAGAAUGAAUGCAUAACACCAUUGUCUCUGUUAUUUUAACUAUCUUAUCAUGGCAAUAUUUGUCUAGAUAGCUAUGCUCUUUCUAAGUUGCAAUAUCAGCUCUUGGAGAUUAUUCCACAUUAGAUUGUACAGCCAUUGCAAAUGUUUCAUCAAAUGUGAAUUUGUUCUUGAAUUUUAUUUUCUGUAAACCUUUUAUUAACUUUUUGUUGUAGGCCUAUGUGUUUUAUAUUGUACGUAAAAAAAUCAAAAUAUAUUUGAUUG